CUCAAAAUUGCAAUUUGAUUAAUUAGCGUGACCAAAUUUGUAGUUCAUUCAUUUAUUAUUUUUCCUAAGUCCUAACUACUCACUUCACUCUGCACCGGUGUAACUUUCAUCACUAGAAAGAACCCUUCUUCAUUAUUCGACUCGCUCUCUAAUCUACACUGCAGGCACAAGGGGUGAUCUGAGAUUACACGUAAAACGAUGGUGAAGGCUGUAGUAGUUCUUAGCAGCAGUGAGGGUGUUAGUGGAACAAUUCACUUCAACCAAGACGGAGAUGGCCCGACAACUGUGACUGGAAACAUUUCCGGCCUAAAACCCGGGCUCCAUGGAUUUCAUGUACAUGCCCUUGGUGACACCACCAAUGGUUGCGUGUCGACUGGACCCCACUUCAAUCCAGCUGGCAAAGAGCAUGGUGCCCCCGAUGAUGAAGUUCGCCAUGCUGGCGACCUUGGUAACAUCACUGUUGGGGAAGAUGGUAUAGCUUGUUUCACCAUUGUUGAUAAGCAGAUACCACUUUCUGGACCAAAUUCCAUAGUUGGACGAGCUGUGGUUGUCCAUGCUGAUCCUGAUGAUCUUGGACGAGGUGGACAUGAACUGAGCAAAUCCACUGGAAACGCUGGUGGAAGAAUUGCUUGUGGUAUAAUUGGUCUUCAGGACUAAGUAAAAUCUACAUUUGUGUGGGUUUUAAUUUUUAUUGUCUUAGUAACCGGUUUGUGGGUAGACAUGUUCGCAUUUGCACUUUAGAAGGGUUUUUGCAAUAAAAAAGCAGUGUUGGAUUCUGUGUUUUCAUGCGUAAUUUUAACCUUUGGUGCUGUUUUUUAGAGUCUAAUGGUGACCGAGUUAUUCGAGUCUUCGAUUAAUUUGAAACUAUUGAAGUUUGUGGCCUCGAUCUAUUAGAAAGGUAACUUAUAAUGUGAUGAAAGAUAAAGAAUGCGAAAGUGAUUGGAUGGUAUUUUUCUCCUU